GGAGCCAUGCUGCUCACCGCCGUGCUCCGCCGCGGUCGCAUCCCGGGCCGGCAGUGGAUCGGGAAGCACCGGCGGCCGCGGUUCGUGUCGGAGCAGGCGAAGCAGAACCUGGUCCGCCGCCUGGAGGUGGAGGCGGAGAACCAGUACUGGCUGAGCAUGCCCUACAUGAGCGUCGCGCAGGAGCGCGGCCACGCCGCCGAGCGCAGGGCGCGGGCCUUCGAGGCCAUCAAGGCGGCCCGCGCGGCCAAGUUCCCCCCGCACAGGUUCGCCGCCGACCAGCUCGGCCACCUCAACGUCUCCCGGAAGUGGUCCUGAGCCGGAGCCGCGCUCCGCCGGGCAGGCGCCGGGCCCGGGAGCCGAAGCGCUGAGAUGCGGGGAAGAUGUGAACCUGUAGAGCAGUGUGCGGCGGACGCGAGCAGACCUGGAUGCGGGGGCUGGGUGUGGGGCGUCCGGGGCAGUGACCUGUUGGGUCCCUUGUUUCUGCAGCUUGAUAAGAAGACAUCGGGGUCCCCUGGAGUCAUUAAUGCUAUAAAAGGUACCUUGAAUGAAGGGUGCAAUAAAGCUGUGAUUCUGUUCUUUGCCCAAGUAUGAGGCCCUUGAUGGAAGCUUUGUCGGGCAGUGGUAUUUUGCAGAAGUAAUUGCCUAAAGUUCAGUGGAAAUAAAGCUUUUCCAGUUCAACGUACUAAAAACAGCAUUUUUUUCUGCACUGACUACCAAAGGGGAUGUUUAAGCGAAAUAAAAAGUUACUUAUUAG